AUGAACGCUCUACAGAAGAAUCUCGGGCGCACUGACCAGAUGUUGGGAGCCAUCGCGGACAUGCUAACUUCUGUGGCCUUACCCAAUCAACAGUGGCUCUCCGAGGGGGGUGAUCUGGACCUCCCAUUGAGUGAAGAGGAAAAGGGGCCAGUCCUGGGCCAGUGGGACCCGGCGGCACUGGAAUGGGAAAACUCUAUGGAGGAAAACUUAGAGACAGACCAGACAGGUAAGACCGCAUAG